AUUUUUUUAUGGGCAUGGCGAAUAAAAUGUACUGCUCCUCGCCAUUAUCAAAGAUGAAGCCACCGAGGUGAGUGUAGUUUUCCCGUUUGUCGGUUUGAUAGAUUGCAGACUUACAAUCUGCUUCCCAUAUCAUCUUCCGAGUUCCAAAGCCACCGCCCAAAUACAAGAUUUCUCCAGACCCGAUAGAGAGAAGAAAACAGCUCACCAGCUCCACCGAAAAUGGCCGCAGCCAAGGACGUUUGCAUCAACCACAUUGCCAGAGAAUCCGCAGACGUGAAGUGCCUCGCCAAGUUCUACCAAGAGAUCUUUGGGUUUGAGCAGAUUGAGAAUCCAGACUUUGGGAAAUUGGAGGUCAUAUGGCUGAGGUUGCCCCCUGCUUUCGCCCUCCAUCUCAUCCAGAGGGACCCAGAAUCCAGGUUGCCGGAGGGCCCCUGGAGCUCCACCUCCGCUGUCGCCGACCCCAAGCACCUCCCCAGAGGACACCACAUUUGCUUCUCUGUCUCCAAUUUUGAUUCAGUUGUUCAAACCCUCAAGGAAAAGGGCAUUGAGACUUUUGAGAAAACCCUUCCUGAUGGGAAAACCAAGCAAAUUUUCUUCUUCGAUCCUGACGGCAAUGGGUUGGAGAUUGUGAGCCGAGAGUCUGCAUGAAACGAGAUAUUGAGGGCUGUUCAACUUCUAGCAUUGUAAAUAUAUAAUGGCCUGCAUGAAACUAGAUAUCGAGGGCUGUUCAACUUCUAGCAUUGUAAAUAAAUAAUGGAGGGCACGUAAACGCCAAGGGAUGCCUACUGGGGGAUGAAAAUGCCUUUGGUGUAAUUAGAGAGCUGUAGUGUUUGUUUGCUGCUGUAUGAGCUUUUGCACUUUCUUCCUCUACUUUGAGUUCUAUAAAUGUCAAGUUCUCCAGUUAAA